AUGAAUACUGCCUCAACUUCGGAAAGUGGAUCAUAUUCCACAAACCACCCAAGACCCUUUUUUUAUGCGCAGCCAUCAGCUCAACAGCCUUAUCCAAAUCCAUGGUACCUCAGUCAUGCGUACAGCCCAUACUGUGUACCUGCUCCAGGCUUCCGAAGUGGAAAUCCGUAUUUUCCAUUUUAUUCUGUUGCACUCCAUGAGUACCCUGGAUUUUUUGUUCCACAGCAUCCAGUGCAUGCAAGAAUUAACAGAAGGCCUUAUUUUAAUGCUGCCCCACCUUCCCCUAUGUUUUAUCAUGCAACAAGAUUUAGACAUUAUAAUAGCCCUGGGAAGAAAAUGGAGACAAAAGAAACACAGACUGAUCCUAGACAGCCUGAAAGCAAGCAAAAAAAGCAUCAAGAUAUCCGUACAGAAACGAAAGGUUGUGAUGCAGGAAAUAUAGGCUGUGUUUCUCCUGGUAUAGGUACAGAGGCUGAAAGUACUUCAGAGAAACAAGAUUCAUUUGGCUCUUCUGUUGUGGUAGACAGAGAGUUUCAUAAUAAGAACCCUGCCAGCUCUACACAGUAUAGAAAUCUUCCUACUGGAAGCUAUGCCUUUGAGAAGGAAGAAGUGAGGAUUGAAUACGGAAAUGGCUCUCCAGCUAUUCAGCUGUGGAAGUCCUUUAAAGAAACAAUCCCAUUGUAUGAUGUGGCAAGUGGUAAACCAGUUCCAGAGAACAUAGUGCCACAUGACUUAUUUUCUGUUAGCUCAUGUGAAGGCAUGAUAUAUGGCCCUCGUGAAGGGGAGAAUAUGCUGCCAGGAGCUUCCUUAGAUGAGAGAAAAGCUGUUGUCACCUCCAAACUGAGUACUGAAACUGUGCAAGAGAAAGAUGUCCAAAAUAACGAAGUGAAGCUGGAUGCAGAAAAGCUGGCAAAAUCCCCUCCAGGUGAAACCAUGGCACUGCAAAUCACAGAGUUGGCAAGAUCUGUUAGUGUAGAUCAACCAGUGGUAAUAACGAAGAAAUCUAGCACUAAAAGGUCUGCAGGAUCAAAAACUUCUCAAGAAGACCCCAGCUUUGUUCAACAAGCAGGACUACUUCCAUCUAAUGUGGAGGUAAUGAGUGACUUUCAGCAGAAAAAGCUGAAUUUAAGCCACAGUGCAACCAAUGAAAGUCAGACAGAAAAAGGUAUUUGGUGUGACAAAUCAAUUGAGAAGUUUGUUCCCUCUAGCAGCUGGCUGGCUUGUUUGGACAGUAUGGACACGAAUUAUGAUGUUUGUUUGCCACAAAGGAAGCAUCAAAGUGUAAUCAGUCUGUCUUCUGAUGACAUGUCCUCUAGAGAGGAAGGCUCAUCAAUUGAUAAUGCCCCAGUGUCUUAUUUUGUGCCUGACUAUGUGCUUCAGAAAAGCAUGUAUACCUUUCAGAAAAGUACAGAGGGCUUAGAGAAAGAGCAAAUUAAAAGUGGUGGGUCCCUUAAUGUAGAUGAAGUGUCAGGAAAAGAGCAGGUGAACAGCUUGAAUGACCAAGAUGUCAACUCUUCAAACACAAAGAUCAAAGAGGCUUCCAGUAAAGGUAGAAAGCUGGGAGCCCUUUCUAGGUCCUCUAGUAGGAAAGAAACAGAUUCUCUCAACAAAAAAGCAACUAGGAGUUUGUCAGAAAUUGAGGACUCUGAAGAAUAUUCUGUGAGGGGAGAAGAGGAAGAUGAAGAUGGAGAGGAUGAGUAUGAGGAGGAAGAGGAUGAUGACAUGGAUGAAAUGGAGUAUUUCUUUCAAGAAGCCCCUCCAUAUGGCAUCUUGAGGCCAAAUAAAGGAAAUUUCUACCAAGUUGGCGAGAGUGUGCUUUGGAAACCACCUAAAAAUGCUGUACCAGCACAAUUAAUUAGCUGGCCAGCUCAAGAGAAAAUAAAAACUAGGAGUGGGUUUGUUGAAAACAUUGGUGUAGUUUACAAGCCAAAGAAGAGAGAACAAGAUGAAGUUGUAUACAGUGACUAUGGGUACUAUGGAAGAAAGAGGCCUAUGACAAGAAGAGAAGGACUUGAACACCAGCGAAUGCUACGGAAAUUCUUGGGAGGAAGGCUGUUAAGGGAGAACAUGGGGAUUCCACCCGAAGAGUACUGGAUUAGAAGUGGUGCUAAACCCAGAUUUACCAGCCAAAUACGUGGUAGUUUCUCACCUCCAGCAAAGAGCAAAGAACAAGUGUACCCACCUUUGAUUAAACCAAAGAAGAAAAGAAUGGGCAAGCCACCUUCAAAACGCAGAGACAUGAGACAUGAGGUGGAAGAAAUAGAAAUGUGGGAGCUGCCUAAACACAGUGUACACAAAGGGCAUGGAACAAGGAAGUCCCUCUCUAAGAAAAGAUAA